AUGAAGCGUCUGUUGAUGCUUUGCGACGCCGAUGUUGCAGCUGGCGAUACACUGGAGCCCUUCAUCGCCCUCAGCCUCUGCACCGUCACUAGGCGCAUCGAGCCUGCAGGCCGUAGCUUCCAGCAGACGUAUGAACAGCGGGAAGCCCCCAAACACCCACGGAAGUCAGAUUCAAGUGGCGGUGGCUCUUCGCUAGCUUCAGGCGCGAACCUGCGGCGCAUUCUGGCGUACGAGGAGACUCUAUACCAAAUAUUAGGAGUGCAGGAGGGGGCCAGCCUCGCAGAGAUAAAGAAGCAGUAUAGAAAGAAAGUGUUGGAGUAUCACCCAGAUAAAGCGAAAAGCGGCGCAGCAAGCCCCCCUGCAAACCCUGCAGCUGCUGCCACCGACACAGCAGCAGCAGCAGCAGAAGAUGCAACAGCAGCGGCAGCAGAUGGGCCACCUGCACCAGCAGCAGAGGGGCAACCAGCCUCCGAACAUGAGGCGUUCUUGAGGCUUCAGGAGGCGUAUGAAGCACUAAGCGAUAGCAACUUCAGGAGACAGUACGACUCCGCACUGCCAUUUGAUGAAAAGAUUCCAAGUGCAGCAGACUGCAGCAGCCCCGCCGACUUUUAUAAAGUGUUUGGGGAGGCCUUCGUCCGCAACUCAAGGUGGUCAGUGCGCCGCCCCGUUCCGGAGUUGGGCGAUAGUUCAACUCCACUGACAGAAGUAGAAAAGUUUUAUUCUUUUUGGUUUGCCUUUGAGUCCUGGCGAGACUUCAGUGUACAUGACGAACACGACUUGGGAACUGCAGAGUGCAGAGAAGAACGCAGGGACCCGCGAAUCAAACAGCAGAAAGAAGAAGAGAGAAGAAAGAAAGAAGAAGCGAAAGCAGCACGCCUGCGAGCGAGAGAAGAAGAGAAGAGGGCAGAAGAGGAAAGAAAGAGAAGAGAAGAAGAAGAAGCUCGCAGCAAAGAAGAAGAAGCACAGAGGGUCUUACAGCAGCAGCAACAAGAAAGAGCAGCACUAAGAAAAUGGAGCCUGAGUGCUGGGGAAGCGGAGGAAGGGCUGCUUAGCCCGCUGCAUUUGCAGGACCUGAGUGGCUCUCUAGGGCUUGUGGAGUUGCAGCAGUUUAUCAAAAACGUGCAUCAGGCAAUGCAGCUCCAGCUGCCUAUUGAAGACGAGGCAGGGGAACCAGUGCCUCUGCCUGAGGAUUUAAACCUGACAGCAGAACAGCGAAGAGCUGCUUUAAAUUUGUAUUCUGCAGAGUGGGAGAAAUAUAUAGAGGCGAAGCGCCAGAAAGACAAGGCGGCUGAAGAGGAAAUGCAGCGCAUCCAAGAGGAGAAGCGACGCCAGGAUCUGGAAAGAAAGAAGGCGCAGCAAACUGUAUGGACAGUGGAGGAGCUGUCUCUUCUAGCGAAGGCCCUGCAGAAAUAUCCGGGGGGCACUUCGCGUCGUUGGCAUCAAGUAGCAGCUUUCGUAGGGACGAAGACGCAGGAGGAGGUUGUGCAGAAAGCCAAAGAAAUGAACGUCAGCGCCAACCUGAAGACAAUGGGGACCAAAAUAUCUCAAGUCCGCAGUUAA